AUGUCCACCAGUAUCGGGCCCGCUAAUAUCAAUAUUGGCGACCAUGGACCUGAUAUCAUGAAUACUGCCCACACGACCGAGACGAUAUUCACCGAGAAGAGUACUGCCAACGUGGACCAAGAUCAAGCAAGAGAUGAAGGCACAGACUACGAAAAGCGAACUGAACCUGGUCUGACCAGCCAUGCUUCAGAGCAAGAGCCCACCCAAGAUGAACUCCACCGAACGGCCUCUACAGUAGCCCCAUCCCACAGGUCUGCCCAAAGAGAUCCUGUCAGCCGAGUCACGACAGAUGCAGAGGGUAACACCUAUCCCGAGGGUGGUCUCCAAGCAUGGUUGGUCGUGCUCGGUAGCUUCCUCGGCCUUUUUGGCUCCCUAGGACUGGUUAACACCAUAGCCACCUUCCAAGCCUAUAUCCAAACCCACCAACUGAAAGAAUACAGCGCUGGAAGUAUUGGAUGGAUUUUUGGAAUGUUCGCCUUCCUCACUUUCUUCUGCGGAGUGCAGAUUGGCCCCAUUUUCGAUGCACGGGGUCCACGCCUGCUCGUAUUUGCAGGCUCCGUCUUCGAAAUGGCCAUGAUCAUCCUUGUUGGUUUCUGUACUGAAUAUUGGCACUUUAUGCUGGUCAUCGGUGUCCUGGGUGGAGUCGGAGCCUCUCUCAUCUUCACCCCGGCCAUAUCGGCGAUCGGCCAUUACUUCUACGAGAAGCGUGGAGUCGCAACUGGAAUGGCUGCUACCGGUGGUUCCAUCGGAGGUAUUGCCUUUCCUUUGAUUUUGGAAAGCCUAUUUCCCAAGAUUGGCUGGGCCUGGGCGACCCGAGUUGUUGCUUUAAUCUGCUUGAUUGUACUGGGACUCGCAAACCUUCUCAUCAGGUCUCGACUGCCUCAAAAGCCAUUCUCAAAGGAGAAUAUCAUGCCGGAUUUCCGCAUCUUCCGCGAUUCUCGGUUCGCAUUUACGACUGCCAGUGUCUUCUUCAUUGAGUGGGGUCUCUUUGUGCCGAUCAGUUAUAUCUCAUCCUACGGUCUCGAUCACGGGUUCUCAACUCAAUUUUCCUACCAAAUCAUUGCCAUACUGAAUGCCGGUUCGUUCUUUGGCCGAUGGCUUCCGGGCUUCUUUGCCGAUUUCCUGGGCCGCUUCAACACCCUCAUUGCAACAGUAGCGCUCUGCCUACUCUGCAAUGCCUGCCUGUGGCUUCCAGCUGGGAGUACUAAGGCUCUGCUCAUUAUAUAUGCCGCGCUCUUUGGGUUUUCCAGCGGAAGCAAUAUCAGCUUGACGCCCGUCUGUGUCGGUCAGCUUUGCAAGACUGAGAAUUACGGCCGGUAUUACGCAACUGCCUACACUAUUGUCAGCUUCGGUACUCUCACCGGAAUUCCCAUCGCUGGUGAAAUCUUAUCGCGCUGCAAUGGUUCAUACUGGGGCCUAAUCACAUUCACAAUUAUCUGCUACGCGGCUGGUCUGGCAUGUUGCACCGCCGUUAAGGUUAUUCAGGUUGGCUGGCGUCACCCCCUCGCGAUCUACUAA